AAUUCCAGUUGUUGUUAUUGUUUAUCAUUUCGAAAAUGCAGCAGCUGCGAACCGCCGUGAUCCACGGCCUGGCCAGAAGGAUCCAUCUUCCAACGCGGACUAAUCACAGUACCAGUGCCGAGAUCUACGACGUAGUGGUCAUCGGAGGCGGACAUGCCGGCACAGAGGCCUCGGCGGCAGCCGCCCGCUUGGGAUCCCGCACCCUGCUGCUCACCCACAAACUGGAGACCAUCGGCGAGAUGUCCUGCAAUCCCUCGUUCGGCGGCAUUGGCAAGGGCCACCUGAUGCGCGAAGUGGACGCCUUGGACGGGGUGUGCGCCCGCUGCUGCGAUGUAUCCGGCGUCCACUACAAGGUGCUCAACAGGCGACGCGGACCGGCGGUUUGGGGACCCAGGGCGCAGAUCGAUCGCCAGCUGUACAAGAAGGCCGUGCAGCGGGAACUGCACAGCACUCGCAAUCUGGAGAUCCGAGCGGCUGCCGUGGACAACCUCCUGAUCGAGGAUGAGCAGGAUUCCCAGGCGCGGCGUUGUGCCGGAGUCCUGCUGGCCAACGGCGAAGUGGUGCGCAGUCGAUCCGUGGUGCUCACAACGGGCACUUUCCUGCGGGCACACAUAAACAUCGGACUGGAGGUCCGUCCAGCCGGACGGAUCGGAGAUGCCCCAGCCAAAGCACUGGGUGAAGCCAUCGAUAGGUUAGGUUUCCGCAUGGGCCGACUGAAGACAGGAACUCCGCCGAGGAUAGCAAAGAGCAGUGUGGAUUUUACACAGCUUCAAAGGCACGACGGCGAUGAUCCUCCCAUGCCGUUCUCCUUCCUCAACCGAGAAGUGUGGAUACCGGCCAAGGAGCAGCUGCCCUGCCAUCUUACCUACACCACACCAAAGGUCAGCGACAUUGUGCGCAAUAAUCUCCACGUGAAUCGCCAUGUCACCGAGGAGAUAACCGGCCCACGCUACUGUCCUUCGAUUGAGUCGAAAAUCCUGCGGUUCGGCGACAAGGUACAUCAGGUCUGGCUGGAGCCGGAGGGUCUGGACAGUCCGCUGGUGUAUCCUCAGGGAAUCUCGUGCACGCUGCCCCACGAACAGCAGGUGGAGCUGGUCCAUGCCAUUCAGGGUCUGGAGAAGGCGGAGGUGGUUCAGCCCGGCUACGGGGUGGAGUACGAUUUCAUAGAUCCCCGCGAGCUGUAUCCCACGCUGGAAACGAAACGAGUGCCCGGACUCUUCUUUGCUGGCCAGAUAAAUGGAACCACGGGCUACGAGGAGGCGGCCGCCCAGGGAAUCAUAGCUGGUGCGAAUGCGGCCGGAAAAACUCGCCAUGGCGACGGAAGGCAACUAACCAUUAGCCGAACAGAGGGCUACAUAGGCGUGCUGAUCGAUGACCUCACAUCUCUGGGCACCAACGAACCCUACCGUAUGUUCACCAGCCGAGCAGAGUUCCGCCUUUCACUUCGUCCGGACAAUGCGGACAUGAGGCUCACCCAAAAGGGCUAUGACUUUGGUCUGGUGUCGCCACAUCGGUAUCAACAUUUUCAGCAAACCGAAGAGCGGUUACAAUCGGCCAUUGAAUCCUUGAGAGGAUUGCGCAAGCACACCCACUAUUGGCGCCAGGCGCUCGAUCUGCCCAAGGCCAAAGCCUCGGUGGAGAAAACUGCCUUCGAUAUGCUGGGCAUACCGGCGGACAACAUCACUGUGGAUCAGCUAAUCCAACUCCAUGCCAGCGAACUGAGCUGGCUAAGCGGUGAGCGGAACUUGGCUGAAAGGCUAAAAAUCGAGGCUCUGUACUCGUUCUUUGUGGACGAACAGCAGCGGGAUGUGGAGGAUGUGCGGCGGGAGGAGCGCCUCUCGAUCCCCGCCGACAUUGACUACUUCUCCAAGUCCCUGAGUUUGUCCAACGAGGAGCGACAGAAGCUGACGCUCAUCCAGCCGCAGACGAUUGCAGCGGCCAGUAGAAUUCAAGGAGUAACUCCUUCCACAAUUGUGCGGAUAAUGAAGUAUGUCAAAAAGGCGGAGGUAGCGAAAACGUAGUUAGGAAAUAUAUAUCUUGUAUAUAUAGAAUUUAAUUAAACAAUAUAUGAAGGUGCGACUUUUAUAAAUUGAAUAAUUGAUAAUCUACAUUUAUAAAAUAUGAACUACUUUUUUCCCUAUGUACCUAUGUACGUACCGAGGUACCAUUUUUCGAUACCUUAUGCAUUACCUAGGUACAGAUUUGUAUUGAUCGUUAAAAUCUGAUAAGUAAGAUAAUUUACUGAAAUAUUUGUACUUAUUUUGUUUAAAAACUAGCUUGAUACCACUAAAUCAAAUUGUGUAUAAUUUUCGCCAAUAUGCUGAUAAAAAUAGAAAAUUUAAAUGUAACUUAAGGAAGAUAAGAUGUUUCUUUUUACAUGUUUAUACAACCAGCCUUUAUUGCCAGAGCGUAUACACAAUAUCACAAUCCAUUUGCAACUUCGCAAAAUGAUUAAAUUUUAAAUAAUUUGUUUUUUAACCUUUUUUGUACCUUUUAAUUCACCUAGAUACUUGACAAAUUGUAUACCUUUUACCUUUCUAGGUACUUAUUUUCUCAAAUACCUUGUAUCUUACCUAGAUCCAAAAAACUAGUACCGUUCCCAACACUGUGUUGUAUAUAUACAAUCUGAUUAAAUAAUAUUUGGAAA